GUGUGUGUGUGUGUGUGUGUGUGUGUGUGUGUGGGUGUGGUGUGCGUGACCCGAUUUGGCUUACUUCCCCAUCAAAAUGCCCUGCAAAAAUCUCUAUCUCCUCAGAGACUCAGCAUCACGACCAGCAGCCAGAGUGUGUGUUGUGCACAGGCAGAGCUCCCGUGGUUAGAGUGUGACGAUAGCCUGUUUGAUCACAGGAGUUUCUCACUAAUUCCCGUGCAGCUCGUACCAGCCCGGUUCAGCCUUGAUCUUGACCAGCCCAGCCGUCACCAUGAAUGUCCUCUCCUCCCUCACGUCGGCCUCCUCGUGCCCCCACAUCUACCACUUACCCAGUUACCCAGACAACACCACUACCACAACUGGAAUCAGCCAUGUGAUUCUGCGGCAUUACAACCACACUGGCCGCCUGCAGAACAGGACCAUCUCAAACACCCAGAACAACAUCAGUGCAUCCAUGGCCGUCUUCCUCUUCAUCAGUAUUCUCAUCAUCCUGGAGAAUCUGGUAGUCCUGAUGGCCGUCAUGUCCCGCAUCCGCCACAGCCAGCGCUGGGUUUACGUCUGCAUUGCCAACAUCACGCUCAGUGACCUCCUCACCGGCACUGCCUAUGUGGUGAAUAUCUGUUUGUCUGGUAGCCAAACGUUUCGCCUCACCCCGGCACUGUGGCUCUUCAGGGAAGGAAUGCUGUUUGUGGCCCUGUCAGCUUCCAUAUUCAGUCUGUUGCUGAUUGCCGUAGAGCGUUACACCACCAUGAUAAAGCUAACGCCACACAAGUCAGCCAGAAAGAGUUACUACAGGAUCUUUGCCUUGGUAGCACUCUGUUGGGUCUUUGCGCUGGUGCUUGGCUUUCUCCCCCUGCUGGGUUGGAACUGUGUGUGCAGCCUGGAAGGAUGCUCCACCCUCCUGCCUCUCUACUCCAAGACCUACAUCUUUUUCUCGCUCGUCAUCUUCUUUGUCAUCCUCCUGGCUAUUGGCGCACUCUACAGUGCCAUCUACUGCCACGUACACAAGAGUGCACAGUUUAGUCCUCCGCGUAGUCGUAACCGCUCCUUGGCUCUGCUUAAAACUGUGAUCACCAUUGUUGGGGUCUUUAUGCUUUGCUGGGGGCCACUGUUCCUGCUGUUAUUGGUGGAUUUCUUCUGUGUCUCCCGUCAGUGUGCAUUGCUGUUAAGUGCUGACUUUUGCAUCUGCCUUGCUGUCCUCAACUCUGGCUUGAACCCCAUCAUCUACACCCUGGGAAGCAGUGAUAUAAGGAAGGCUAUCGUUGAGCUGCUGUGCUGCUGCUGCCUGAAGUCUGGCCUCCUGGAGAAAUUCACAUCCAAGGAGACCAGCAGCACCUCGGGGAGCAGGAGGGACAGUCUGAGGAACAGUUUUAGCAAGAUCAGAAAUCUGAGCGUGGCCUCCCCACCAUCAACGCCUAACAAGUCUCGCAGGGGACCCAAAAAAUAUAGGCUGAGCUCGACAACCAGCUGCCUGUCAGUUUCAAGUGGUUAAACCACAACAUGCUCCCCUCCCAAGCAAACAAGAUCUAUGUGCACUGAUACUUAUCUAACGGUUUCCUCCUAGUUUUGUUUUGAAUGUUCAAUCCUUUGCUGGCAAGUACUUGCACUGAUGAUUACACACUGUCAGAAAAACCCACAAAAAAUAUGAAUUAAUCCUUAAGUGUGAAAAAAUAUCAAAAAAAGCAGGACUGUUUUUGUGUUAGAAGAAAUUCUUUCUCUCAAUGUAUUUUACACAUUUGUAGCAUUGAUAUAUUUUUGCACUGUAUAUCUAUUACUGUCAAAACAAAAGCCAAAAAAAAAAGAAAGUAUUAUUUACAAUAAGCAUUAUCUGCAAGUGUAUAAUGUAUAGAAUGGGAAAAUGUACAUACCUGUGCUGCAUUGUACUAUAACAUUUUGUGUAAGCCUGAUGUUUUAUUGUAUACAAACAACCGAUGAAAUAUGAAUAAAGUUUAUUUUGGUCUAUA